AUGGCUCAAGCACAAACGCCCGCCGCUGGGCAAGGCAAGAAGCAACUGCAUUGGGCGGUUCAAUUCGCCGCAUCACCGAUAGCUUCAUCCGACUCGCGCGACACCUCCAUCGCAGAUCCUGCACCCGCAACCUUACAAUAUGUCAACUCUCAACUCAUUGCUCAUGGGUUUACCUCGGCGCCUGGCAUUUCACUAGAUGGACUCUCAGGUUCGAAAGCCGACAACGUAGUCAAGACCUUAUUUGCUCUAUUAGGGCAACGGAUGGAAGACUUGCAGCGCACGGAAGACCUCUCUACGAAGCUGCGAACACUGUCAUACGACUACGAACGUUUGAUGACUAUGCACAAAUCGGCCAGCACAGCAGCAGCGGAGGCUGAACGAGAAGCCAGUACCGUGAAAUCGAAGCUUGCUAACUCUGCGAAGGCCCUAGCCCAAUCGGAAGCCGCGCAUAAGCAGACGCAGGUUGAACUUCAGCGCACGCGCACCUCUCUACAAGCUUUACGCUCGCAACAUGUAGCAGAGAUUAAGAAACGCGACGCCGAACAUACGCGAAUGGCCGACCGAUGGUCGAAACUAUCUGAUUCGCAACUCAAAGUUCACACCAUCCCAGCACGCUUGACAAUGUCUUCUCCGGCCCUACCUUCCUCCGCAGCAAAUGCACACAUACUCAAAGGCGGACAGAAGACAUUUGUGGAUGCGGCUUUGGAAGCAUCCGAAUCGGCGGCCAAGCAGUUGAGGGAGGAGAAUGCAGGACUGCGUCAACUCGUCCUUGAUUCAGCAAACGCUGUACGCAAGAUACUACAUAAGGCCACGGUGCCCGAUCCGGAUGACUUCAUAUAUCCCGCACCACUCGAGGUCGCCGACGUCUUCGCUCCAUGUGCUACCUCCGCCGCCGAAGGCGCUUUCACCAAACUGAGCGAACUUCUGACUGCACUUCGAAACGCUGUAACGGCUCUACGCUCGGACGAACCCAGGCCUAUUACUUCCGCCGCCGCUGCAAACGCCGGACCCUCGCGACCAGACGCACAGGCUGAGGUAGACCGCUUACAGCGGACCGUCGAAGCCUUGUGCGAGGAGUUGGAACUGGCCCAGAGUGACGCGCGCGCUCAUGCGACACGCGCUGAAGACCUUUUCGCCCAGUUGUCCGCAAAGCCGUCUGUGGAUACGAAGGUCGCAGACGAAUUAGAAUCGCAACGACUGGCUGUUGAUGAAGCUGCGUUGAAUGUCGGGCGUGACCGCGCCGCGCUUGAAAGCGAGCGCCUCCAGUUCCUCGCCGAUAAGCGUGCAUGGGAAAUGAGUCGCAUUCUCGCCAAUGAAGCGCCCGCCCGCCCGACCUUGCCUCAUCCUGUCAGGGACGCGUCGCUAGCCCGUUCGCCACCACCUUCGCCACCCCCUCAGCGUCCCGCCCAUGCGCCCUCACCACAUCGAUCUCCUCGCAAGGCACGACCUCAUGCCGUAUCUCCACGAAAGCCCAAGCAUAAAUCUCCGCUAAAGCCGGCUAAGUCACGAGUAACAGCGGCUUAUGAAACGGAGGUCGUUCCCGCUCCUCAACAGAAGUUGCUCCGGACCAGCUUUGCGCUUCCACCACCUACUCCGCAAUCCCGGAUAGCUCCCCUGAACUUCGGAGAGAAGAAGGCGAAACAAAGCGACGGCGAAAAACGUUUAGCUGCUCUCUUUACGGACACGGAUAAGGCACCGGCGUGGCCCAAGGCUACUGAAAGUCAGGCAGCGGAUGAGGCAGCAGCGGAAAGCACAACACCACCUUUUCCUCCGGUCGCGUCAGGGUCUGGCGGAAAGCCCUCGGUACCGGCAGCCGCUGCGCCAGUACUAUCUACGGCUGGUCCUGCGAAGAAUCCCUUCCCGGUUGCGAGGGUCAACGCUCCUCGUAUGGUACAUGCCUACUCGCCCGCGCGACCUUCGCCGCUCUCGCGCAUCCUGGCGCUCGCCCAGUCUCCCGAGUCCUCAACGUCAGGUCCGCCCAAGCUGCCGGCAGCUUUUGCGGCCCUUCAGGAGAGCGAACUUCAGACUGUUGCGACCGAUCCGUCUACGUCAGGCUCGGGGUCCGGCAUGAUUGACGAGGAGAGCCCACUACGUGACAAGGCGCCUAGCACGGCGACAACUCGAGCCGAUGACAAGAAGGGGAAGCGCCGUGCAGAUGGUCGUGCAGGCGCUGAAGAGAAGGAGAACACUAUUCGGCGUAAACUGCGCGGUCCGGCACAUGCGCCACGUCCACCAGUCGUGAAGAAGAGUACCGGGCCUGGUGCUGGUGCAGUUGUGAAGAAGACUGGCGCCGGAUCCAGCACGGCGGCAGGUCCAAGUAGGACAGGGGCAAGACCGGCACCGAGCGCUGCUGCCGGCAAAGGGCCGCGUAGGGUACCCGUAGCUGGGAGUGAAAGCACGCGUUGA